AUGUACGAAAUGUGCAGAAGCGAGCAGUCGGUCGCCGGAUGCAAGGAAGCGGUGCUUUAUCUGGAAAAUGCCUGCAACGAUUUUAAGUCUCUUAUCGAAACAAUCAAUGUCGAAAAGGAAUGGGCAAACAAAGAGCCGGAAAAGAGGUUGUCGGUGGCGUGGGAAAUCAGGAAAUCGAUGUCGUCGCCGAUUCCUGUCCCGAUUAAUGAGAAGCCGUUGCUACCAAUCUCGUCAAUGAUUGCUGAGGUUGUUCGAAAUGCGAAUCACGAUUGCCAGAAUUCCGAAGAAUCGCCUAAUCGGAAUCUGUCUUAUGCUAGAAUAACAGCAGCUGCUGCUGCCGUAGCUGUAGCGGCUGUAGCCGCUGAGCAGAACAUGAGCUCGUUGGCCGAGGAUGGAUGGCAGGUUGUUGGAGGGCGACGACGAAAAAGCACCUCAUCGACCACUGUCAGCGAGUUCGAUCGGGAGGUCAGCGUUGAGAAGGAGCAAGCACCAUCGGCACCGCUGAAUGUCUAUGAAAGAUUGUCCAGCUCAUCGUAUCGUCGAAAUACAACGAACUCGACAACGAAUCGCAGUUUGACACUGGAUUCCUCCGGAAUUUCUAGGCUGACAUGCCCUAGAAGCGCAAUGGAUCUGCCGCAAACUAAAGCGUCUAUGGCGAAAAUGGCGUACAGUCGGCAGCUUUUGUGGGAGAAGAAUCAGCAAUCGUUGGUGGAGAAGUUGCGAGCGCGCCAGAAGAGAGAGAAGAUGUCCAAUAGCCAUGUGCAGUCGACGUCGUCUCCGGGAAGCUCGAGGAGUCCGACUUGUGGAUUCACAUUCGCUGAUCCGCAAGCUGUUCGAAAGAGUGUGGAAGCAUUCAAUCAAAAGCGAAAAGCGGCACCUUCGAACCGGGACAAUAAUGCGGGACCAUCGAAUGCCGAUCCAAAUAGAUCACUGCAAUCGAUAAGUGAGCAUGAGCCGGGCAUGGAAGCGAGCAUCAACAGCGAUGAUGUUCCGGCCGAUCCGACCCCACCAGAUCCGCACGGAUGCACUAACACUUCAAAGAAUCUCGAGACCAGAUCUGAACCUGGCGGACGUGUACAAAACGAAAGAACGGAAUCGUCCCCUCACAACUCUUUAUUCGGUUAUAUUGGCUUGGAAAAUGAUGCGGAAUGGAGAGAAAUGACUGAAGAAGAAGAGUCGUUGGCGAUGGAAGAGAACAGUCUGAAACAAGAGAUCAAACAAGCCGAGGCGAUUUCGAUCGAUGCCGAAUUGGAACGGCAGGUGGCUGUGGAAGCCGACGGAUUGGAACGAGCGCAUCGGAAGGAAAAGAAGAAGACGAAUAAGAAGCAGACGAAAACCGAUUUAGAAAGCUUCUGCAAGGUUUUGGAAGAUGAAAUCAAGAGUCUCGCGAAUGUUGCCUGGUCCGAGCUGAUGAACAAUACGCCUCCGAUUCGAUCAACGAAUGUACACGAACCUGGCAGUUUUGCCGAGAAACACGAGAAAAUGAGUAGUCCCAGUCGACGACGUAGUCAGAAGGACGACGAUGAUCUUGGAAGGCGUCAUGAGUUGAAGCUGAAAAGAGCAGAAGAGCUUCGGCAACAACUUCAGGAAGCAAAAACUGCUAAAUUGAAAGAGCUGACGAGACGGGUUGAGGAAGUGCUGGCGAAGCAGGAGGCGUUGAAGGAGAGAAAACGGAGAAUGAUGGAAGAGCGAAUGCAAAGAGCUACGGAGAAUCGCGAUAAAAACAUAUCGGAAGUGAUUCGGAAAGCGAAGGAUGAUGAUCAACGAGUGAUGGAAGUCAAGUUCAUUGCAACACUCCAGGAAGAGAAUAAGAGGCAAGAUCUUAUAAUGAAGGAUGCCAGCAAUGAGGAAAAACAGAAACAAUUAGCCGAUGAACGUGCGCGGAAGAAUGAGGAGAAGGCGGCAAAGAAGAGAGAACAAGAAGCUGCGGCGGUGACGCGACGAAAGCAAGCCGCUGAAGCUCGUCAAAAUAAGAUUCGCCAAUUGAAUGAGCAGAAAGAAGCGAAGAUGGCGGCGAAGGAUGUCGAGAACAAAACUCUCGACGAACCCGAGGUUGAUUUUCUGACAAGGGUCGUGAAAUUGCUUGAAGAGGACACCAAGACGAGCGUGAUGAUCGGCGAUCUGUUGUCGACGGAGAAACACCGAAGGAAUUGCCACUUGUGCUCGUUUGUGGUUGAUUCGGAUUUUGAAGCGAUUUCGCACAUUUUUGCGCCGACUCAUCAACUGAAAACGACGGUUUUGCGGAAUGGAGCAACGCCAGAUGAAAUUAAGAAUCAUCUAAAUUACGCCUUCAAACCGACGAGCCUUGAAUUGAGUUCGGCUCUGUCGAAAGAUGAUCGAGAAGAGCAGAUGAUGAGAUCCAGAGAGAUAUUAGAGAAAAUACAAAUCAAAGAAUCUGUGCCGAUUCCAUUGUCUUCUCCGAGGAAUCGCACGAAAUUUAUUCGCGAGCUUCUCGAUUUAUUGGAAAAGUUUUCUUCUUCCAAAUUGCCAAUCGAUGAGCAACUUCAGUCGGAUGUUGAGAAAUCGCUAACAGAAAUUCUCAGCGCGAUUGAAGCCGAUGAGAAAAACGAUUGUUUUGUGAAUUUGGAGCAACUUUGUGCCACUGGAAUUGUGCCAAAACUUGUCGAUUUCCUUCUGGAAUGGACAAGUAAAGGAGCUUCUUUACGACUGUGCAUCCGAUUCUCACAUGUGCUAUCUCGGGUUGUUCAAGACGCCAGAGUGUCAUAUUCAAUUAUUUUUAAGCCAGAGCUUCUGAAAAUCCUGGAGAGAAUUGUGUUCUUAAGUGAUCCUACAAAUCUUCAACUUUCCUCACUUCUAGAUUGCCUAUGUGCAUUAUUGAAGUGUUCGGCCAAUCGAAUAAAUGAGAAGCAGCGACGCUGGAGAGAAUUGUACUCAUUGGAUGAAAAAAUCUCAACGAUUAUUCGUGCGAUUGCCGGAUUCCUGACAUUCUCUUUGGAGCCGGCCGAUAUGGAGAACGCACUUGAAAAAUGUCGCGGUAGUGUGCUCAUUGGUAGAAUUUUGACACUUUCGGAGUUUUUGGCGCGAAAUGAUAAUGAAAUUGGCUUCAAAUUUCUUUCGUCGAAUGUGAAAAUCGCUUCCGCGCAUGCAUACCGUCAACGAAAAUCGGAAAAUAUGAAGGUUUAUUUGGAUCUGAUCCAGUGUUUUGUGAAUGUUUGGCACGGAUUUGAAUGUCGAAAUGUCACAAAGAUGAAUGACGAUGAGCUGAAAUUGUGUCAACAAUUGACGGAAUUCGUCAAACAUUCUGAAAUCCAGUUAGAGCCAUCAAAUAUGGAAAAUUAUGGAGAACAAAUUGAGACUUCAAACCUUAUUGCUUGCAUGAAAAUUGUGGGAUUCGACGAGCGAAUCGAAGCGAUUAUUGAAAAAUUUGAAGAUAGUUUUUCAAAGAUUUACUCGUCGAUUCUGUCAUUUUCUCUAGCAUGCUGGAAACGAAGCGAGAAAUCGAAAAAUGAUGAAAUCAAGCGAGGCCGAAUGGCUCUCAGAUUAUUGGUGAAUUUAGUUGGAAGAUCGUCGAAGUUUGCUGAGAAUAUUUCGAGUUGCCACGUGGAUUUGAUUGAAAGUUUGUUAGCGAUCGAAAUUUAUAAUGUUGAGAUAUUCCAUCUUCUUCUCAAAACUGCCAAUAUUUCGUUUAUGGAAUUUCAAAAAAACAAGCGAUAUUCGAAAUUGCAUGUCUUGCUUAUCGAUGCAUUUUAUCGGGCGAAUCAGAAGAUUGUUGAAAAAGACGAUGUGAAAGACAAUGAAGCAUCGACAAUACUUGCGUACUUUUCAAUUCUAUUGGAGAAGGAUUAUGCUUUUCUCGCCAACUCCUAUGCUGAAAUUGAGUUCAAUUCAUUUUCGAAACUUCUCGAAAUGACCGAAUUGAUCAUCGAAUCCACAGAAACUCGUGUUCAUUCCAACAAUAUGCUUUUUGUUCUCAAUCUUCUCGAACUCAUUUGCUAUGAUUUCGCGACGUUUUUGACAGUGAAGAACACGGAGCAACGAAAGAGCCACACAAUAUUUGUGCUCAAAAUUCUUGUAGAGAUUGUUGGUUUACUAUGCACAAAAACUGAAAUGACAUCACAUAUGAUGGAGCAGACGACAGCAAUCGAUUGUGUUGUUGAUGUUCUCGAUACGAUUUUGCAUGGUGAAGCUCUUUUCGGAGAAUAUCGGAACAGUCAUCCGGAAUUUCCCGAAAUGCCGCCCGAUGAGCCGAAAUUCGCCGAAUUGCGCAAAGCAAUCCGAGAGGAAAAGCGAAUUCAAGAUGCUCGAAACAAGCAACCGGAUAAGCCAAUUUUGCCGACCCCUUCGCGUAUCGAACGAAUUCAGGAGAAUUCGUCGCUCACGGAACUUGCCCAAGUGUUUUUGAAUUCAUACAAAAAUAUUGGGGAACAUUAUGGAGAAAUUGGGGAGCUCAAAUUGAAUUGCCUCCAAACGAUAUCUCAUCUUUGCGAUAACUCGCAGUUCAAUAAACGCGCAUGCAGUCAGAAUCGAAGAUGUGCGAUACUAUCGGUUUUGCAGUGCACAUUGAGACGGCCAAUGUAUUUCAUGGAAAGCUAUGCGAUCCAAAAAUGGGCGAUUUUCUGCGUACGCCAACUCACCGAUGAUUCUGUGGAGAACAAGGAGAUCAUUCUGAAUUUGGAGGAUCCGAAAACGCCGAUUAUUGACAAGGACAAACUGUUGAAGGAAUUUGGACUCAAGACAGUUUAUGAUAAGAAUAAUAUUCGGAGAAUUAUGGAUUUCAAUUUUGCCGAUAUGGAGAAGUCGGUUUACGGCGGCAACAUUGAGGAGGACGAGGAAUUGCUCGCCGAGCUCGCCGCAAUACAGGCGGAGGAGAUGGGGGAAACGAGACGAAGAGCUGCACCGUCGGCACCGACUAGACGAGCAAUUCCAGCCGCUGCUCCGCCUACUGACGUUCCCGGUGUCGAUCCUCGUGUUCUUGCUGCCGCACUUGCUGAUGCGCCUGGAGACGUUGAUGAUGCGAGCCUUGAAGAGGACCCGGAACUUCUUGGCGAACUUGCCGGUCUGGUUGGCGGCGAAUCGCCAGCACCGCCGCCGCCGCCGCCAACACGAGCCGCCCCACCGCCAACACAAGCAGCCCCUCCUGUUCCAGCACGUUCAGCUCCUCCCGCCGGUCCAGCUCCGAGCGUCGGAAUCGAUCAUGCUCAAUUAUCGCACUUAAGACAGCUUCAUGAUGUUUAUCACAAAAUGUUGAAAUCGGCGGAACAGGGCGGUGAGGGCGCAAAAGCGCGAAGGUACAAAAGAGCCGUCGACAAAUUGGCCGACUUAAUGCGCGCCGUUGAAAGAGGACGAAAAAUUGAUCCAGCUGAGAUCCCGGUAGCCCCGCCCAACUUUGUGCCGACCCCCUUCACUGAGACAUCGAUUCCACAAUCAGCGCAUCAUCCUCCAGCGCCGUCGAUACGUGAAGCUGCCUCAACAGCUCCGCCACCAGUGCCAGCUCGAAAUCCACCGCCGCCAAUUCCGGCCAGGAAUCCGCAACCACCGGCGGAUCCCAAGAAAGCGGAAAUCUUCAAAAUUCUUAACCAUCGAAGAGACCUUUAUGUCGCGAAUGGAAAAGCUGCGAUUGCUGCUCAUGACAAAGAGGCCGCGAAGGAAUUUGUCGCGAUGGCCAAGUCGUUCGAUCAGGCUAUCGCUGCGUUGGAUCAAGUGUCCGCUGAUGAGAUGGAUCUGAAUGAGGUGCCGCCAUCACCUCCACCAUACCGCAAACAUUCUGCUGCCUCGUCGUCAGCGCCGUCGCCAGCACCUCCACCGGCAUCGUCUGCCGAACCUUCUACAGGUCCGCGAGCUCCGGCUGCUCCAGCUCCAGCUCCUUCACAAAAACAACCGUCGACAUUCAUGGAAGCCCUCGAAUUUCGUCGUCAGCGAUAUGUGCAAAUGGCGACGAAAGCGAAACAAGACGGGAAUGAAAGAAAAACGCGAAUGAAUCAGAGGCUCGCCGGACAGUACGCAGAAGCGAUAAAAGAGGCGAAAGCAGGACGACCGGUGAACAUUGGCGAGCUUCCGACGCUGCCUGACAUGCCGCCAUUGCCGCCGCAAAACACUGCGCCAGCACCGAAAGGACCGCCUCCAGGAUUGAAACCGCCACCUGAAGUUGGACCCCUGGCACCGUCUGGUGUUGCUGGAAAAUCGCGAAACUCGUCUCAAUUGGAGUUUUUGAUUCAACGACAAACCGAAUUCAAACAAGCAGCUCUUAAUGCCAAGAAUCGUGGGGAUAUCGAAAGAGCGAAAAAAUAUCUGAUGGAAGCCAAGGGAUUUGACAAAAUGAUUCAAGCGGCCCGAGCUGGCCUUCCAGUCAGCAUCAAACAGACCCCGAUUCCGCCGCAAUCGAAGACGACCGAAGCGGCACUUCAGCCUCGGAUUCAGCCGAGUACGAGUAGCAGCACUGGACUCGAGAAUCGCGGAGAACGAUUGGCGCUUCUCGAGAAGACGCUGAUUGAGCAGGUUCGAUUGGCGGAGACGAAUCAGAUGAGAUUCACGCGACUCGGCGAUGUUGGCAAAGUGCGAUUGUUCGAGAGCUGGGCGAAAGCGUCGAUACAAGAUCUUCUGUUGAUCAGAGCUGUUGCCCAACAGGGUCUCAAUCUGCCCAAAUUUCACUACGAGAAAAGACAUAUUCCAUCUGCGGACUUGUUUCCGGAUCUCGCUGAAGACGCUCUUGAGCUCACUAUCACGAAAUGUCGAGAUGUUCCGCUUCCGUCGGGAUACGAGCCCCACCAUGCGAAUAUUUAUGUGAAAUACUGUUUCCCGUUUCCGACGGAGAAGCCGCAGGAAGGAAAAACGAAGACCGUUUCGGGAACCUGCUCACCAGAAUUUAAUGAAAUUGUCAUGCUGAACAUCGGAAGCGGUAAAUUGAGGAACUCGAAAUUGCAGCGGGCGUUCAAACGAGGCGGAAUGAAAUUUGAGGUUUAUCAGAAGGGCGGCUUCAUGCGCAGCGACAAACUAUUGGGAACGUGCGAAUGGAAAUUGGAGCAAUUGGAAAGCUCGGCGGAAGUUGAGGAAUCGCUUCCCCUCAAGGAAGGUCGAAAGGCGAUUGGUGGACUUGCGUCGGCGAGAAUUCGAAUUCGUGAGCCGAUUGGCGACGCGAAAGCUCAAACUCAGGAGCACAAAUGGCUUGUUUUGGAUAAUUAA